CAUGUCCAUACAUCUUGCGUUUGCAAGAUGGGUUUAAUACAUGCAACGAUUUUAAAGGCUUUUCUAUACAUUCUGCUAAACACGGCUUGCAUGCACUCUUAUAUAACUGGACGUGUACGCAUUAGAGUCAUCACACAAAACUUCCAACGAAAAUCACGGCAUAACUGUUCUCUGCGAUUAAGCAUCUAAACGUUAAGGGGUUAAACACGUGCGCGUUAUGAUGAACAAAACCGGACAACGGUGACAUCAAGCUUUUACUUGUCUCUUAGAUGGAGAGAGUAAGGCUUCUAAGGUACAUCUUUAGGUCUGAGUCUCUGAACGGAUGCGCGCCGACCUUGGAGUCUCCAGACGCGCAGAGGGGGAUUUUGCGCACUGAAAUCAAGCAGAGCCUAAAAGCGAAGACAGCGAGCUGACUAUUGUCUGUCUGACUGCAGUCCUGGCACUGGGAUACGGGCACGCUUGGCUGUGUUUUACUGCGCAUACUGACAACUUAAGACCAACAUUGCUCCGGAUUGAGUAAGGGAAAAUAUAGUCCACAGUUUAUUUCGCUUUGCCUGGAUUCUAAACUUAGAGGAGCGUUGUUACAACUGAACUGCUUAAUGUAGACGCUUCACUACUGUAGACGAGCCAAAGAGUCCCAGCUGCUUGGGGGAAAGUACCUCGACAUCCUGAGAGACGUUUUGAGAGGAUUUUAGGUCUCUUUGCUGAACGUGGAUUGAGAGAGGAUGAUCCCAGCCGCCUUACCGAAAUAAGUGAGGUAUUGCUUUUACGGAACGGUGAUCAUAGCGAUGUUUCAGUGCCAUGAGCGUCUUCACCUCUCCAAAUCUUCCAGAGAGGAUUUAAUCCCCGCUCAUCGUGAAUAAGUCGACAAGUCGUUGAAGAUGAGUCCUCUGCAAACAUUCUUGUUGUUUUUCCUCCUGCACCAGGUCUCGUGCAGGAAAGUGCAUGGAGGAGUCACAGAACUCAUCGAGUGGAGGGACAGCGAUAAUGAACAGAAGAUAUCUCCCACCGGGGCCAGUCCACGGAUCCUCAACCCCCUGCGUUUGUUUGCCAGGGGCUCCCCCGAGUUCAAGAGUAACAUAAGGGAAAUGACAUAUUUACACAACAUGGAGGACUUUUGGGACUGGUUAUCUAACCAGACAGAUGUUCAGGGCGCACAGGCCAGAACUAAGCGCAGACCCAUCGUCAAGACUGGCAAAUUCAAAAAGAUGUUUGGUUGGGGAGACUUCCACUCCAACAUCAAGACUGUCAAACUCAACUUGCUGAUCACAGGAAAGAUUGUGGACCACGGGAACGGCACCUUUAGCGUUUACUUCCGCCACAACUCCACAGGUUUGGGGAAUGUGUCGGUGAGCUUGGUGCCACCUUCCAAGGUGGUGGAGUUUGAGAUCGCCCAGCAGUCCACACUGGAGACCAAAGACACCAAAUCUUUCAACUGUCGCAUUGAAUAUGAGAAGACGGAUCGCAAUAAGAAGACUGCCUUGUGCAGCUUUGAUCCAUCCAAGGUGUGCUAUCAGGAGCAGACGCAGAGCCAUGUGUCAUGGUUAUGCUCAAAACCCUUCAAAGUCAUAUGCAUCUAUAUAGCCUUUUACAGUGUAGACUAUAAACUGGUCCAGAAGGUAUGCCCUGACUACAACUACCACAGUGACACACCUUACUCCUCAACAGGGUGACCUAGUAGUUGUUAGUCUGCAUCAGCCUUUUGUUUUAUCUUCAAAUAAUGUAAAUGUCAAACUCUAAACUCCUUAUCCCAAAAUACCUAAAUACCUGAGACAUGUUGCAGGAAGUGCGACUUAUGAAGGGACGCACAGCGGAGGGAUUUGGUGAAACUUUUGUAUAUACUACACAAAUACACAAGUUUAACACUUCAGAUAGUUAGGUGUACAGGGACUUGGCUUUAGGGGUUGGCUUGGGAUUCCAAAGGUAUUUACCAACCCUGGAAGAAUCCACCACAUCACAACAGCACAUGUUCUCUGUAAACCACGGGUAUAAUUAGUAUGUUGUCCAGAUGUUUCCUUCAAGGCUAGACUAUAGGCAUGGAGCCCUGCUGAGUUGGAAGCGUGUAGCUGGCUUCUGGAAGAGCUGCACUCAUGCCAACAUUUUCAAACAAUUUUCGAACCUUGUUUAAAUAGUAAUGAGACAAAAUAUGACAGGACUUUAAAUAAUGUUAACAAUUACAAUACCUAAACAUUAAUGAAGCUAUUCAACGGGGCAUAAAAUGAAAAAAGAAUCCCAUUUGGAAGAUCACUGCAUUAAGAAUGAUUAGUCAAAAUGAUCAUUGCCUUUGAAGUGGCGCUAACAUCCAUUUAUACCUGUUAACAGAACACAGACAGGACAGUCUCUAUUAUUUCAAAUUAUUUUGAUCAAUGGAAUUAUUUCAUUAAGGAAUGAAUAAUUAAUAUGGUCUUAAAACUGAUCUGUUAUCGUUCUUUUGUGGGGACUAAAAUCAAGUGACUUGACUGAUUCAAACCAAUUCCUAAAGUGCUCAUGACAAAAUAAGUCCAUCCAACUAAUCUAAUGCAUAAGAAACCUGAGAGCAUGAUCAUACAUUACUAACAAACUGUAUGUAGGCACCUAUCCUAGCUUAACACGGCUGCAGCCUUGUUUGCGCCUUAAAAUGUGUUGGUUUUCUGCUACAAUUAUCAUAAGGCAUGUGUAUGCUAAACUAGUCUGAGAUCCAACAUCUGUGUUUGCAGGAUGCACUUUGAGGCAUCAGCCUGCCUAGUGAGCCCCACAGUGGAUUAAUGUGUCAGGAGAGGUGGGGAGGGGGAAGCAAUAAUUGCAGGACAGGUGGAUUUAGUGAGUCUGGCAGACAAUUAUCAGCACUUUGUCAUGGUUCUGCCACCAGCCCUGACAUUACCUGUCUUUAAUAGGCUUUAAUUAGCCUGGGAAAUUUCAUUUACCAAGAGUGGAGAAACAAAAAGGUGGGGGUGAAGGCAAAAGUACAAAAUCCAUCUGCAAUUUUAAUGAGAAGAGGGACUAAAUUUGAAAUAUAAGACAUUUCCCAAUAGUACAGCAGGCUUAAGUUGGCUGACUUUGUGUAAAAGUGGAUAACAUCCAGUCCUGUAGUACAUGGUGUAAUGUGUUCGACUCAGAAAUCACUCAAAGUUUUUUUUUACCAUUCCCACAUUAAAUGGCAUGAGUUUUGUUAUCUGGAGAUACCCAGGGUUUUUAGGUUAGGGCAUGUGCCACUAAAGACAAAGAAUACGUUUCUGUUAGCGUCAUUUUAUUGGAUGUAUCUCACGUCUUUCCACUUCAGCUGUAAAUGAUUCCAUCACCUUAUACAUGAGGUGAGGUGUACGAUAAGGAACUUAACUCGGAGCUGAUCUAUGUUGAUGUUUUGGUUCUACUCCUUUGUGCAAAUGCUGUGUGUUAAUGUGUAAAACUAAACGUGUUUAUUGAUUAUGGUUUCAAAGUAAAUGAUGUCAGAUUACCCUAAUUUUUCCAGACAACUAUAUCAAGUAUACUGUACCUUAUUUUUUGGUGUUUGUUAAGAAAUAUCAUGUAGAUAAAUGUCAUAUUUCAGCUUAUGGUUAGAUUGCUUUGAUUUCAUUUUUUGUAACUGCAGAUUGUACCCAGUUUGAUUUCUGCUUGCUCAAAAUUGUUUCAAUAGUUUCCCUUGUAAAAUAGGAGUAAAAGCUCUUCUGUGUAUAGUGUAAUUACACUUUUCAUUUUGGAAUAUUUGAUUUCAGAUUUUGUUAAAAUGUAACUGUAAAGAUCAAUUUAGGUUUUUAUGGCAUUAAACCUUAUUUGAACUUGGCUCAAAGCAUGCUGUCACACCGAGUCAGGUCUAGUCUGUUGGUGCUCGUAGUUGUCUCGUUUCAUUCCUGAAAGGACUUCUCAACAGGAUAAACACACAAUUUUAAGAGGUACAUUUCAGGGUAGCUUUUUAAUGGGCAAUAAAUCUGUGUCCACAGGCGUGGAUGAUACCAGAGGUACACCUCAGGGAGCACAUCCAUUUUGCCGUGGCCAUCAGGGACAGGGGUCUUUUCAUUCGCUUCCAUUACUCUUAUCUGAUCAGGGUGAGGCACCUACUCCUUAUAGGCAUCAAGUCACACUACGCUUUCCUGCUGCAUGCAUCCAAAUCCCCUGCAAAACUACACGGAAUGUUAACAUACAUUUCACUUCUCAGCAUCCAACGCUUAUUUCCGACAAUCAAAAUAAAGAGAAAAAAAAAAUUCAAUUUUGACACUGCAGGCAUCUCUCUCUUUCAAGCUUUAAAGUUAGUAGAGGAACGCGAAGGAGGAAGAUAAAAGGUUGGAGAGGCGUCCUAAAGCAGAGAUGGUAUCAGGUCUUUUCCUGGGAUCUGUGCUGAGAGGGGCGGAUGAGGAUCAGCGAGCUGCUGAUGAAGACUUCUCUUCCAGCAGAAAAGAGUGGCCUCACAUUCACUUUAAUUAGGGCUUGUGCCAAGCAUUCACACAUAAAAUAGGGGAGGAAAAAAAGCACGUCUUUUAUGUGCUGAACAAAGGUUCAACAUUUAACAUGGCACUAUGCUAAUGCAGUUAAAGCACAUUUUCUUUUGAUUAUCACAGUGGUGUUGUUGUCUAAUUAUUAUUUUUUUCAAACGAGAACCCCUCAAAAAGAAAAAAAAGAAAAAAAAAAAAAAUCACCCCAGCCUGAUACCUGCACCCAUUAGUACAACCAUUAAAAGAAACUGUGUGGAUAAUAACCAUCCUUCCUUAGACUGAAAUCUCUUCACAUUGAGCUCAACAUUCUCCAGUUAAAUCAUAUUUAAAAAAAAAAAAUAAACCUAGGCCACUUCAGACUGCUGGAAAAUGUUUUAAUGGGUUAAUGCAGGCAUUCUUGCAGACAACAACUUCAUCUUUUUGUCUUUUUCUUUUUUUGCUUCCAACGUUUCAACAUCUCAACAUGACGCUGAAUGAUGAGUAAUAUCAUGUAAAAAUGAUGCUACUCGUAAUUUACAAAAUCCUCUGAAGUGUCUGUCACGCCACAACAUACAAGACGGACCGAAUAAAAAUAACAACCCCUCA